GACUGUAGACUGUGGAUGCCACAAUGCGGUCGAAAUGUGGAUAAUUUCUGAGUGCAUGUGCAUCAAGCAUCAUACGCGCAUGAGCAUCACAUCGCAUCGCAUCUCUCCCCAUAAUUCGCGGGAGCGAAUCGCCCGAGCGAAGGAGUCCAUUUCCAGACAGUAGAGACCAGAGACAGAGAAGGAGAGAGAUCAAAUGGCGGCCGGUGUGGUGAACUACGGAAUCGUAGGGGCGGGGAUGAUGGGAAGGGAACACAUGAUCAAUCUGGCGCACCUCCAAAACGAAGGCGCCGCCGUCCGUUGCGUGGCCGAUCCGCAUAUCCCUUCCCAACAACACGCCUUAGAACUAGCUGCCUCCUUUAACUGGCCGCCGCUCAAGGUUUUCUCAGGACACAAGGAGCUGCUAGACAGUGGGCUUUGCGAUGUGGUGGUUGUGUCGACGCCGAACAUGACACAUUUUCAAAUCCUGAUGGACAUCAUCAACCACGCAAAACCCCAUCACAUACUCGUGGAGAAGCCUCUGUGUACCACUGUCAAGGACUGCAAGAAGAUCAAAGAUGCAGUUAGGAGGAGGCCUGAGAUACUGGUACAAGUUGGAUUGGAGUACAGAUACAUGCCUCCUAUUGCAAAGUUAAUAGAUGUUGUUAAGGGUGGGACUCUUGGUCAAGUCAAAAUGGUGGCAAUCCGUGAACAUCGAUUUCCAUUUUUGGUUAAGGUUAACAAUUGGAAUCGGUUCAACAUCAACUCAGGGGGGACUCUGGUGGAGAAGUGCUGCCACUUUUUCGACCUGAUGAGGCUGUUUGCGGCUGCAAACCCAGUUCGAGUGAUGGCUUCUGGAGCUAUUGACGUUAACCACAAGGAUGAAAUUUAUGAUGGGAAGGUACCUGAUAUAAUUGACAAUGCAUUUGUCAUUGUAGACUUCGACAAUGGUUCUCGUGGCAUGCUUGACCUUUGCAUGUUUGCGGAAGGCAGUAAAAACGAGCAAGAAAUCUCUGUCGUAGGUGAUAUUGGGAAGGGUGAGGCUUUUGUUCCGGAGAGUAUUGUGCGUGUGGGUACCCGAACAGCAGGAAGAGAUGGAGUACAGACUUUUAAAGCUGAGGAUAAACGAAUAAAGUACGAUGGACUGCAUCAUGGCUCGAGCUAUCUGGAACAUCUUAACUUCUUAUCUGCCGUCAGAGCUCAAGGCAUCCGAGCUCCUGCUGUUGACUUGCAUGACGGGCUGCUCUCAGUCGCUAUCGGAGUUGCAGGCCAACUUUCAAUCGAGAAAGGCCGUUUCAUUACCAUUGAAGAAGUCAUGAAUGGGGAGGUCUAGCUAAUCAGUUCGACUUUCCUGCAUUUCUCUGUUUUGUGUUUUGUUAGGUGCUUUGACGGUGGCAGAAGCUGAGCUUAUUUAUAUGUACAAAUUUUCUAAUGUAAAUGAGUGAAGAAUUCAAGGAUGGUAGAUGUUUAAAAAUGUCAUUGUUUGAGAUCCGUUCAAAUAUUUCUUUGGGUUA